GUCUGCAGAGGAGUUCGAAUCACAGCAACGCUCGGCCCGGACCCCAUCGUGUGAAGCGUGAACAAAGGAAACGAAAUAAUUUUGACUAGAAAGAGAUAUAUAUAAAAAAAGAUAACAAGUGAGGUUGAAAGUGUGUGAAUAAUUUCUAAGGGAAAAAAGAAUAUGAGGUUGAAAGGGUGUGAAUAAUUUCUUAGAGAAAAAAAAUAAAAAAAAAAUACAAAGAAAAAUAGUCUGUAAGUAGAUCAGAAUAAACGAAGGAAGCGACAAGAGAGGAACGGAGGGCGAACACACAAAACAUGCGUAACGGAAGGGUUGGCAGCCCUGGGAGCUCUUGGUGCGAGAGAUUAAAAAUGACGUCCAUCUUUCUGCUUGUGUUUUUAGGUCAUUCAGCCAUCGGUCAUGAAGAGGAGCCGGCUGACCCCUUGAGCGCGGAGGAGGCGGUGGUCGAAGGGCCUGAGGAGCUCCGCUUCCACGGCCUCAACAUCCUGGGCAAGGACCUGGACGUGCAGAUGAGCGACCCCUCAGAGCGCGAACUCAAGAACCUGGCCAAACCGGUCGCUCGGGAGGCGCUCACGCUCGACCAGCUGAAGGAGAAGUACAAGGAAAAACUGGAAGAACUGGAGAAGAGGCAACAGCAGAAGAGACAUAACAGAGAUGAAUUGUGAUUGAAGAAGAAGAAAAGAGAGGAAAAAUGUCGAUUGUUAUUUUAAACGUUUUGUUGAAAUUUGUUUUCAAGAAAUAAAUGAAUUAGUCGUGUUUUUUUAUUUAAUUAACUUUUAUCUACUGAAUUCAAACUGUUUAAUGCAAAUUAUCUUCCAAACUGAUAACUUUCAAUAACUGAUAUGUACAGCAGUGUAUGUGCACACUAAUAUUGUAAUAAUAUAUUCUUUAGAAAGACCACACAAAACAAUUAGUAGAUAUUUAUCUAAUUUCUAUUUUGAAUAUCACUGACGCGUUUCGAUGUCACAGUUUCAUAAGAAUUACUUGAACGAUUUGGAGUGAUAGGAAAAUGACAUGCAUUCCGUACAUUACAUUAUUUACUUUUUCGCUAUCUACAAAGUCGCUGGUUACUGCUCUACAGUAAAGCAAAAUUAUCAACAGCUGGCAAGAUCACAUUUCCCAUAUGUAACAGACUUGCAGCUUCGAAAUGCUGAAAACAAGAGGUACGAACAUCAACAGAUGACGACGAUUCGGACAGAGGCAGCGUCCGAAACAACACCUUUCUCUCAGCGUUUUCAACUUAGCACGAAGCCGUCGUUCGGGGUGACUGGCUUCACCUGCUCGCCGUUGGCCGCUACGCCCUCGGAAUCUACCGGCACGGCGUCGCCCAUCACACGGAAGCCGGAGGAGUCAGCCACGUACCGGAACACGAGCUGGUAUCCUUCGGGGCUCGUCCAGCUGAGGCAGUUCGGACACAGCGUUAAUUCGGCUUAAACGCGUUGUAUUAGUCAUGCAUAUUUAUUUACAUACGGCAAAGUUAUUAAAGUUAUUAAAGUUGAUUAUGAAAGGAAACUUCGGCCGCUAACUAUACUUUUGGUUCGGCAUGGUCGGUUCAAUAAUAAAAAAAACAAAAACAUAUUGUUAAUGUAUAUACA